CUUCACUUCACUCACAAAAUCAUCAAUUUCUUGAUAAAUUAAGAAGCAUUAUCAUAUUAUUAUUAUUAUUAUUUGUAUAAUUUUUGUUUAUACAAAAUUAAAAUGGCCAAGAAUGUGAGUUUAGCUUCAAUGGAUCAAAAACUAGCUAUGGCUAAGCGUUACUCUUAUGAAGGAGUAGUAGCAGGAGCAAAAGCAGCUGUUGUUGCAUCUGUUGCUACUGCCAUUCCAACAUUUGCUAUUGGGAAGAUGUCACCAUGGGCAAGAACCUAUCUGAAUCCAACAGCUAAAGCUCUAAUCAUCUCAACAGUUGCUGGGAUGGCAUAUUUUGUUGUAGCUGACAAAACUAUUCUCAAAACAGCAAGGCAAAACUCUUUCAAAUAGGCCUAAUUAAGGCUCACAAAUAAAUUAAUUUAAGUAUUUUAGAGUAUGUCUAAUAUAUUAACAUUACCUAAUUUCUAUUUAGGUAUUGAAUGAUUGUUAUGUAUUGUUUUAUAAUUGUAUUAUUUUGUUAUAUUAUAUCAUACUAUUGUCUUAGUAAAUACAAUAUAUGAAUAAAUUUUAUUGUUCUUUGUUGUUACGUAA